CUUGCAUUGCUAUUGCUUAUUUAGACCCUAAUCUUACGUAGUGGGAGGUUAUUAAUUAAAUGGAUCGUACUUUACCUAUAUGUUUCCCGUGCCAGACACGCGACGACUCCUCCCCUAAUCUAAUCUGGUUCUGUCCUAUCUUCUCUUUCUCUCUACACCAAAAGCCCACCAAAAUCCACCGCCCGAGGCAAGCCCACCUCCGAUCUCCAUCCUACGAUAUAUCUCGCCUGUCUUACCUGUCAGGCCUGUCUACAUUCUAAACCCACCACGCUACCCACAAUCAUCAAUGUUUGUUCGUCUCAUCCGAACCGUGGCAUAUUCCUCUCCCGCUACGAGGCUGCUAUCGAUCGACACGUUGAGAACACCAGCCCGGCGAGUGCGACGUCGUAUCGCUACAGCUGAAUUGACAUGAUUCACCGGAAUCCGAUGCUGAGCUGAGCUGAGACAACCUAGUUUUUGCGCUGCUUAUAGCUAGACACGAAGAAAAGAAAGGAAGGGCUAAAAAAGAUAAUAACAACAAACCCGAAUUGUCGGAUUCCAUCACUUUGCACAUCCAGUCCUUCUAUCGUAAACAUCUGUUGGGCAUCAAUUUCCCACGUAAUCGUGAAAAUCGUCGAUUCGAUCCAGAUCACUAUGGCAUCCGAAGCCGAGUCUUCGCGACUACCUACCCUCCCUCCGCUCGAGAUUCCGAGCCAGCCUGACGCCGUAACGCGACCCAGAGCGAGCUCAAAAUCGAAGCCUAGGUCUGCCGUCGAUCCGGUCCUCCGCAAUGCCAUAAGGUAUACCAUCUCGGCUCGCGAAUAUGAAACUCUCCACAAAUAUGUGCUGUCGCGGUCGCGUCUGCUGAGGAAGAGAGUACCCAGCGUAAACGCCGUCGAAAGGUAUAUGGAGGGCAGCGGCAUAAGGAGAGGAUCCGUGACAGACGGAGAUGUCGGUAAAGGGAAAGAGAACAGGAAGGAGAAGCCAGCAAAUGGCAAUGCCGACGGGGGAGACACCUAUAAUGCGCGCGCCAUUAGGGACUCUCUGCGUGUAUUUAUGGCAACAGGCUUAGGAGUACGAGCUUACGAGACAGUGAUGACGAGGGUCAAGGCGCAAAAGGAGGCCGCUUCACCGAAGAGGAAGCAACCAUUCUACAAGUCCUCUGGUCUUCGGUUAUCGCUAUCAUUAUCCACCAUCCUACUCAUGUACCGCCUUCUCUUUCGCUUUCUUAGUCGAUUACGAGCCCAUCUAUUAGACCAGUCGGCAGCUCCCUUUCGUAAUAGAAACCCCAGGACAACACAGGCGCUUACGUCCCCCUAUGCGCCGGCUGUAGGUGCCAGCCUUGCGGGAUUGGCUUUAGGUAUAUAUCCCUCGCAACAGCUGCGCGUGACAGUAGCCAUCGCAGCUAUAUUCCGUGCUCUCGAAUUUGGCUGGAACCUUUGCGAGGACGAGGGUUUAAUCUGGGGCUGGAAGGUCCGCGCCGGCGGGAAGGGAGUAGUUAAACGAGAGCGGCCUUGGUGGUGGGGGAGUUGGAUGCUUCAACCAUUUGCUUUCGGACAGCUCCUACACGCAGUAGUGUUUGAUCGGGAGUCUUCUCCAGUUGCCUUCGUCGAUUUCAUAUGGAAAAGCUCCACCACCUAUAUUCAUGGGGCGCCCAAAAAUCUUCCUAACGGGAUCAAGUGGCCUAACGCCUGGGAGAUUGCUGAUAACUUGGCUCAGAUGGCCAAGCUGAAUUGGCCACCUUUCGUGUCACCGACUCUAUUCCCGGAACAGGAAACCUUACCUUCGACUCUCGCAGCCGUCGCACCACUAGCCGCACGAGCUCACCCUCUUAUCACUUCUUUGAGCUGCGCCACUCUUCAUCCUUCGGACCCUUCGUGUCUUCGCACAUAUCUAACAUUUUGGGUGCGGUCCUUUCCGCGAAUGGGGCGGUUCUUUUUGCUCUUCUAUUCGGUGCUCAUGCUUCCGCGCUAUAAGUUGCUGUAUAAUUCGCCACUGUAUCUUGUGAAUCGUCUUAUGUCCAGGGUUCUCCGCAUGUCCACUUUUGCGACGGGGGCUAUCUCGACAGCGUGGGCGAGCAUAUGCUUCUUUCAGACAUGGCUGCCCCGUGCAUUCCUGCCGACGCAACGCUUCUUCCUCGGCGGUUUCCUGGCAGGCCUGUGGGCAUGGGUGGAGCGAAAAGAGGGGAGGAGCGUGUUCUUAUAUAGCGCACGAACGAGCGUGGACUCGUUGUGGAAGGUAGGUGUCAAGCGACGGUGGUGGCGUGCUAUGAAAGGAGGCGACGUAUGGGUAUUUGUGCUAGCGCUUGCCAUUACUGGUGCCGUAUACGAAAGGGAUGCGAGGGCCAUACGCGAAAGCCGCGUGAGGAAGGGAGUAAGUUGGGCUCGGGGUUCCGGAUUCAAGGACUGGGGCCUAGAAGAUGAUGAUGAAAGAGAAGAAAUUGAUGAUGAGCACGGGGAAGAAUAGCAUAUGAUAUCACGAACUUGACUUUUAAUCAAUAUAAUGUAAAACAUUUUAUAAAUUACGAUUUAGAGUUAGUCAGAAAACGAUGUUCAGUAUAAAGACUUUUAUGUAUGUAGUUCUUAUUGUAAAACAGCCAUUGUUAAGGAUGUCAUGCGAUACCCUUCCACUUUUCCUUAACCAUGACGAUACAGAGGAUGCUUUCAAAAUAUUGCCAUAAGGAACUCCCGCUAAGUCCAGCACCAGCUGCGAAGUCCCUGCUGGCGGCUAUUGUAAGUGUAAAGCCAUGAGGAAGCUUAAGCUUUAAUGUAGGAAC